AUUGUCUUACCCACCCACUCGUUUACGGGUUUCAAGUCUCUCGUUAAAAUUUUGUUCAACGCCUCAACGUCAUAAUGAACUCAAAGACACUCAUUAGCGUGCUGGCUUGUCUCAGCGUCGGUGUUUCUGCCGGACCCUGCAAGCCAGUCACUUCUCAAGCUACUCAGGUCACCUCCACAACGGGCGAACUGUCUACGUCGAUUGACCUGGCCACCACCGUGUCUGAAUCCGAUGCCGCUUCUACAACUGAGCUGAGCUCUAAGACAACUGAAGAAACAAACACUGAAAUCGCAACGACGACUACCGCUGUUGAUACUACCUCAGAGGCACCAACCACAACCACCGAGGAAGCAACAACAACAACAACCGGUGCAGCGCAGUGCCCUACCCCCUCCGCUUGUAACAACCUCGGCUUUGACUGGGCAUACUACAGCAACCCUAACCAGAACACCGACACGACCUACUCCAGCUUCGUCCCCGAAUCCUUCAAGCAGGACAAUCCCCUUUACGUCGGCACAACCCGUCAGAUCGGUGGCCUCUUCCAGCCCAGCAACGGCGCCACGACAGGCCCAAUUUACGGCUCUACGCAAAACUUUCCUCUUGACUACUUCGCCCUGAACCACCACGGUUAUCUCUACAGUUGCGACGCUGGUACCUACAAGUUUGACAUUCCCUACGCCAACGACGCAUUGUACCUGUGGGUUGGUGACAAGGCGUACGGCCAAUGGAGCUCCGGUAAUGCCGCCGCCAAGGCUCUGUACAACCAACCUGAUCACAUCGCUGGCAGUGCACACUUUGAGAUCGACCUCCCCGCUGGUGUAUACAUUCCCAUUCGGUUCGUCUAUGGUCAGGCGCAGUAUGGCGGUGGAUUUUACUUUACAGUCACAGCUCCCAAUGGGCAGGUUCUCGUUGGUAAUGACGUUACCGCCAGCCCAUAUAUUAUCAUUAUCGUUGGUGCUGGCCCCUCGGGGCUGUUGCUGGCUCUUCUUCUUGCCCAGAAAAACAUUCCCUCAGUAGUCCUGGAGUCAUGGCCGCAUCUUGACACACGUUUACGAGCAACACAAUACGGAGUACCGGCUACCCGGGUCUUCCGUCGCGCAGGCAUACUGGAUGGCAUUCGUAAAGCCAGUAUCGCAAAAUUCCCUAGCAUUUGCUGGAGACGCGUUUCUGAUCACGAGAAGUUGAUAAGUCUUGAUCUAUCACUCGUUGAAGAUGAUCCCGAUCGUAUGACCAUCUUACCUCUUGGCGAGAUCAUACAAAUUCUAUACCAACAUUGUGUUGAGAAAGGACAGGGACUGAUUGACGUCAAGUUCAAUCACGAAGUCACAAAUGUCGGUCAGGAUGACAAGUCGGCCUAUGUUGAUGUCAACAUCAAAGACGAGGGGAAGAAAGAGAAAGUGAGACUCACUGCUGACUACAUCGUCGGGUGCGACGGGGCAUCUAGUGCUGUGAGGCGCUCAUUGUUCGGAAGAGACUGGCCCGGUCAUACAUUGCCAUACCGAUUUGUUGUUCAGAACGUUUACUACGACGGCUUCCAGAAGCACAACUGGGACGGCGGAAAUUAUAUGGUCGAUAAUGAUCACUGGGGACUCAUCGCCCGCCGAGGAAAAGGUGGUCUGUGGCGCGUUACCUACGGAGACCCAGUCAGAGGCUUGACAGACGAAGAGUACCUGGCCCGUCGACCAGCACACAUGAAGGCAAUGCUGCCAGGACAUCCCGACCCUGACCAGUAUCGAAUUGAACAGACAAAUUUGUACAACAUACAUAAUCGCUGUGUUGAGAGCUUCAAGGUCGGCCGUAUCAUCCUAGCGGGCGACGCAGCGCAUGUCUGCAAUCCAAUGGGAGGAUAUGGCUGCAUGACUGCCGUCUUGGACGUGGGCGGUCUAGCGGAUUGUUUCAUCGGAUACUACCACGGACUAGCGGACGAGGAUAUUCUCGACAAGUAUGCAAAGGUCAGGCGGGAUAUCUUUGUCAAAUACGUGGAUCCAAGAUCGAUCAAGAAUCUGAACCGCGUAGCGACAUCCGAUCCUCAAACUGUGCUGGAAACGGACAAGUUCUUCGGCAUUCUGAAAGACCUGCAAAAAGAUAAAAGGGAUAUGAAGGCCUUUUUACUGAAAGUUUCCAGUAUUGAAUAUGAUUUCACUAAGCACUACAAGAGUAAUUAGAAAGGAUUAAAAUGUUAAAUAUCUACCAUAUACCAAUAUAUUCAACA